UUGGUGCCCCCUAUGGUCUCUACCUGGUGCCCAGUUGCCCAUGUCCGGUGAUCCAGUGAAGGAGGCUGCCCUUUCCCAUGAUGCAUUUCUCUAUCCCUGAGACGGAGUCGCGCAGUUCAGAGAGUGGAGCCCAGUAUGUGGCCUAUAACAUCCAUGUGAAUGGGGUCCUGCACUGCCGCGUGCGCUACAGCCAACUCCUGGGCCUCCAUGAACAGCUGAAGAAAGAAUAUGGGAACAACGUGGUCCCUGCGUUUCCUCCCAAAAAGCUUUUCACCCUGACGCCAGCAGAGGUGGAGCAGAGACGGGAGCAGCUGGAGAAGUACAUGCAGGCAGUGCGCCAGGACCCAGUGUUAGGAGCCAGCGAAUCAUUCAACAGCUUCUUGCGGCAUUCCCAGCAGGAGACCCAGCAGAUCCCCACAGAGGAGGUUCAGCUGGAGGUGUUCCUUUCCAAUGGGCAGAAGGUGAAAGUGAGCAUCCUUACAUCGGACCAGACAGAGGAUGUGCUGGAGGCUGUGACCAGCAAACUGGAUCUUCCAGAGGAUCUGGUUGGGUAUUUCAGCCUCUACCUCAUAAAGGACACAAGUGACGGCUCAUUCUCCUUUGUAAGGAAGUUACAAGAGUUUGAGUUGCCCUACGUGUCCCUCACCAGCCUGCGCAGCCGGGAAUACAAGAUUAUCCUCCGCAAGAGGCAGGCAGUGUCCGAUGUGGAGCGCGGUUGGGUGCUGGUAACCAAGGAGCAACACCGACAGCUCAAGUCUCUGCAAGAGAAGGUUUCCAAGAAAGAGUUUAUCCAGCUGGCGCAGACCCUGAAGUAUUACGGAUACAUCAAGUUCGAGCCGUGCAUCACUGAUUUCCCAGAGAAGGGUUGCCAUGUGAUUGUCAGCGCCGGCAACAAUGAGCUGAAUUUCCAGGUGAAGUUGCCCAAUGAGCAGAUGAAAGAGGGAAGCUUCAAAGUGACGCGGAUGCGAUGCUGGCGAGUGACUUCCUCCAUGCCUUUCAGCAAUGGGAGUGGGAGUCCCAACAAGACUGAUGUUCGUUUGGAACUUGCCUUCGAGUACCUGAUGAGCAAGGACCGCCUGCAGUGGAUCACUAUCUCCAGCCCCCAGGCCAUAAUGAUGAGUAUCUGCCUCCAGUCCAUGGUGGAUGAACUGAUGGUCAAGAAAUCUGGGGGGAGCAUUAAAAAGGAUUCGCCGGACUCCAGCCGAGAGCCCAUAGUCAAGUUGUCGAGUAAGCUCAGCUCCGUCAGCCUUCGGGGGAUCAGCACUUCCAGCUCCACCGGCGACAUGAGCGCCGACGACUUCCAUGGCAACUACGCCUUCGAGGGCAUCGGGGAUGAUGAUUUGUGAGCGGGCAGAAUGCCACGGGGCACAAGAUACCAGCACUGGGGAACCAUUCUGUCCCUCUAAUGAAAUAUGUCUGACCCAAUGGGGGGGCGGGGCUGUUAGGUCAGUGGGAGGGGCCCCAGCACGGCCCUCAGUGCCUGUUUUUGCUGCAGUAUUUUAGGGAGCGCCUGGCCUCCACGCUCCGCGUUCCUCUGCGCUUGCACUUAUACCCCGAGCCAUUUGCACAGAAUGGAGGCAGCAAUGUGUCGGAAAUCUCUUGCUAAUCUACCCCCCCUCCAAUGUAUCAGCCCCCCCGUAUUCAUUAGACAUCCGUGCAUUUCAAGGGGCACCUUUUGGGGUGAAACUGACAGUAGCCAAUAGGCUGUGGGGGGCCGGCUACAAUUCCGUGACCAAAUUCCAGCUGACGUUGGAUGUGAAGCUGCUGCAGGCCGCACCGCUUCCAAGUGGGCGAGUGGGACGUACACGUGGCUGGCGUGGGCCCGCGCCAUUUUGCACAUGGGAAUGUAUGCCUUUGUAGUCUUAUUGGCUUGUGCCAGCCAUGUGUAACGGCCACGCCCACAGCGCCUUCGCAGCUCCUCCUCGUCACCUGACCCAACCCCCGCGUUACUGCAGGUGGCAGAGGCGGCCCUUGAUCUCUGUCCCUGCGUCUUUAGGGCCAAACGCUAAGCAGCUCUGUGAGCAAAGGGUUAAACAGGGGCUGAUUGUAACUACAGAUUUGCCAAAUGAGCGCCACUUAUCGGUAUUUGUACAUACGUAUAUAUAUAUAUAUAUAAAUGUCCUUCUCUCCUCCGCGCACCAAUCAUUUCAGCCGAUUUUAUACACGGAAGCGGAAUGUCCCGCCGCGUAUUUACCGUUAUUCCCCCGCCGGUCGCAUUAACGCACUCGCUUCUGAGAAUGUAACGCUGCUCUGCGCUUCCUUCCCGACCAAUCGUA